AUGCUCUCGACUAUUACCCACAGUUCAUUGCCAGCUUUGGUCGAGACCGCAAGGGAAGCAUCCCCUCAGACCACCGUAGCCGAUGGCGAGAAGUCAGAGACGACACCCGACACGUCAGCGACUGAGGUCCCGGACGGUGGACUCACCGCCUGGUUACAAGUUCUGGGAUCGUUCUUUCUCAUCUUCAGCACUUGGGGGAUUUUCAACUCUUACGGGGCGUUUCAGGCCUAUUACGAAGACCAGGAUUUGAACACUGCGUCUGCCAUUAGCUGGGUGGGCUCCGUGCAAGGGUGUAUUCUUCUGUUCGCUGGAGCAAUUACAGGUCCUAUCUUUGACAUGGGUUACCUCAACUCGCUCAUUGCAGCGGGGACUGCCCUCGUCGUCCUCGGCAUGAUGAUGACCAGCAUAUCAACGAGGUACUAUGAGGUCAUCCUGGCGCAGGGUGUAUGCAUUGGUUUGGGGUCAGGAUGUCUUUUCAUCCCCGCUAUUGCCGUGGUCUCCGCCUACUUCAAGAAGAGGCGUGCGUUGGCGAUAGGCAUCGCAGUCUCGGGCAGCUCCCUCGGCGGUAUAGCAUACUCCGCCAUCUUCCGACAGCUCUUGGACCGAAUCGGCUUCGGGUGGACGACCCGGGCCAUGGGUUUCAUCGCGCUCGCAACUUUGGCGAUGAGCCUUGUCAUUAUGCCCCGCCGGAUGACACCUCGCACGCGACGCGCGAUGUUCGAAGCAGCGGCUUGGAGGGAGAUGCCAUACACGCUCUUUUGUGUCGGAAACUUCCUAAGCUUCAUGGGCACGUUCAUCCCUUUCUUCUCCCUACCGGCUUAUGCGUCCGUCCACACCGACGCCUCGCCUACCCUCGCAUUCUACACGCUCGGCAUCUUGAAUGCCUCAAGUGCAAUCGGCAGGAUCAUCUCCAGCUUCCUCGCCGAUAGGAUUGGGCCGCUAAACAUGCUGAUCCCAUGCUCGUUCAUCACCUCCGUACUGGCCUUCUGCUGGAUCUCCGUUGACUCCGUCGGUGGCCUUGUCACGUUCGCAGUGCUCUAUGGCCUAUUCUCUGGUGCGCUCCUAGCGCUUGCACGCGCGAGCCUUGCGAGCUUGACAAACGACGUCAGCCGCAUGGGCACCAGGAUGGGCAUGGCGUCGGCUCUUGGUGGUGUUGGCCUGCUCAUCGGCAACCCUGUCGCUGGCGCACUGGUGGACACAGGGACGGGCAACUAUACGCAUGCACAGAUCUUCAACGGUGGCGUUGUCAUGUGCGCGGCCAUCUUCAUGGCUCUGGCGCGUUAUGCUGCGACGGGGUUCACUUGGGUCAAGGUGUGA